AUGGUGCAAGUGACGCCCUUCCUCCUGCUCCUCAGCCUGGCCCUGGUGGCUCCUGGCCUUUCUGCAAAAAAGUGCGUGCUGACUGGGACCUGGACCAACGACCUGGGCUCCAACAUGACCAUCGAGGCUGUGAACGGAUUAGGCAACUUCGCCGGCACGUACCACACAGCCGUGACUGCCACCACGAACAAGAUCCAGCGGUCACCGCUGCAGGGAUCCCAGCACCACGUGAACCAGAAGAGCCAGCCCACCUUUGGCUUCACCGUCAACUGGAGCUUUUCAGACUCCGUCACCGUCUUCACGGGCCAGUGCUUUGUGGAUGAGACGGGAAGGGAGGUUUUGAAGACCAUGUGGCUCCUGCGGUCAUGGGUGAACGACCUCAAGGAUGACUGGAAAGCCACCAGGGUCGGCAUCAACAUCUUCCACCGCCUGCGCUCGCAGAGGGAGUGA